GUACUAUCAUCAAAUCCAACAAACACAGUUCUAAGAUCAAUCCUGGUCUUGCAUCCUUCAUCAUGGUCUCUUUCAAGUCUUUCUUCUGCGCCUUGAUGGCCGCUACUUCGGUGCUGGCCGCCCCUUUCGACUUCCUUACCGACGAGGUUGAUGGAAACGCAACUCUCGCCAAGCGUCAGAGCACCCCCAGUGCUGAGGGUACUCACAACGGCUACUUCUACUCCUGGUGGACUGACGGCGGCGGUUCUGCUCAGUUCACUCUGGGUGAGGGCAGUCGCUACUCUGUCAAGUGGACCAACACUGGCAACUUCGUCGGUGGAAAGGGCUGGAACCCCGGUACCGGCCGCACCAUCAACUACGGUGGAAGCUUCAGCCCGAGUGGCAAUGGCUACCUCGCUGUAUACGGAUGGACCCGCAACCCGCUUGUCGAAUACUACGUGAUCGAAUCCUACGGAACCUACAACCCCAGCCAGGGCGCCCAAUUCAAAGGCAGCUUCUCCACCGACGGCGGCACCUACAACGUCUACGUCUCCACCCGCACCAACCAACCCUCCAUCGAUGGCACUCGCACCUUCCAGCAAUACUGGUCCGUCCGCACCAGCAAGCGUGUCGGCGGAACCGUGACCAUGCAGAACCACUUCAACGCGUGGCAGAAGAAUGGACUCAACCUUGGAACUCACUACUACCAGAUCGUUGCUACUGAAGGCUACCAGAGCAGUGGUUCUUCUGAUAUUUAUGUUCAGACUAAGUAGAGUGCAUGAGGGGUUGAUGGUGCUUGUGAUGGUGUUGCUGCUGUGCAGUGUACCUUGAUGGGUUUCGUUUCUUACCCACUUCUAUUCAAGGGGGUCGGGUCCGUCUUCGGGUUGAGUAUUUUUUGAAGGCUUCAAGUUGCGAACUUUGUCGAUUGUGCGAGAUUGGUUCUUUGACGAAAUACCUCACGCUCUUUAGCCAGAUAUAAUACAUAGGCUGUGACUUUAGUCCAAUGUAUGGAGAUGGC